AUCGACUUAGCAAGUUUACACACCGAGGGCAUCAUCGGGGGCAGGGAGGCGGCAGCCCACUCUCGUCCCUACAUGGCGUCCAUUCAGGUGGCCGAGGGAGACGCCAUGAAGCACGAGUGCGGAGGCUUUGUUGUCGCCGACCGCUGGGUCAUGACGGCCGUGCACUGUAUGCCCACCGGGGCCAACGGCAGGAAGGUGGUUCUCGGCGUUCACUCUCUGAGUCAAGCCGAGGACACUAAGCAGACCUUUGACAUCCUGGAGCUCCACAAUCACCCUCACUUCAACGCCGACAACUACGACAACGACAUUGCUCUGAUUAAGCUGGACCGCCCGUUCAACGCCUCUGAGGCCGUCCAGGCAGCAGUUUUCCAGCGAGCUGGUGGCGCGAACCCUAGUGCGGAUGCGGAAGUGGAGACGGCUGGCUGGGGUUCCGUGGACAACCUGGGCUCCAGACCCGACGAGCUAAAGGAAGCGUUCAUUCGCGUGUUGAGCUCCGCCCGGUGCCGGCGAAGCGACUACUUUGGCAGGAAGUUCACCGACAACAUGAUCUGCGCUCACAAGCUGUGCCCUGACCCUUGCGACGGGCCGCACAAGAUAGAGGACUCCUGUGAUGGCGACUCUGGUGGUCCCCUACUCUACAACGGCGUGGUGGUUGGCAUCACAUCCAACGGCGGGAAAAAGUGCGGGCAGAUCAAGAAACCGGGAAUCUACACCGUCAUCUCGCAUUAUACCCAGUGGAUCGACGCCAUCAUGGGCCUUCAACCAGAAGCUUAA